AUGGUCUCGUCGGCAUAUCUCACUCACGCCGCAAGCGCUGUCAGUGCGCUGCAGCAAUGGUACAACCAGACGACGGGCCUGUGGGAUAGUACUGGCUGGUGGAAUAGUGCUAACUGUCUUACCGUCGUCGCCGACUAUGCGUCGCUCGAUCCCGCCUAUGUUCCGCAAGCUGUCGACGUCUUCCAAAACACCCUUAUAGCAGCGCAGAGAACCAACGUUCAAUCCGCUAAAGUAUACUCUCCGAAGCGUCUCGAGCUUCUAGGCAAUCUUACUGGACGUGGGCAAGGGCAACCUCACCAACCACGUCAAGAUUCAAAUCUAUUUAUGCUCGGACCUACUUCUCAGAGCUCUCCAGGUUUUCUUAAUGACUUCUACGACGACGAAGGAUGGUGGGCCCUAGCAUGGAUACGAGCCUACGACGUUACGCAAGAUCCAACCUACCUCAGCACGGCAGAGUCCAUAUUCGAGGACAUGAUUAAAGGAUGGGGCAACAAUUCCUGCGAGGGUGGGCUCUGGUGGGAUAAAGGCCAGAAUUACAUCAACGCGAUCGCAAACGAGUUGUUCCUCUCUGUAGCGGCGCAUCUGGUCAAUCGAGUUGAUGACCCUAACAAGAAAUAUCAGUAUCUCAAUUGGGCGCUGAAGGAAUGGAGCUGGUUCCAAGGCACUCAAAUGAUCAACUCCAAUUCCCGCAUUAACGACGGCAUCGAUAACGUCACCUGUCUGAACAACCACGGCAUCGUAUGGAGCUACAACCAAGGCGUCAUCCUCGGCGGACUGGUCGAGCUCUCCAAAGCCUCGCCGAACCCAAGCUACUUAUCUACAGCCGCCAGCAUUGCCAACGCAGCUAUCAGCUGGCUAUGCGACGCACAAGGCAUAUUGCACGACCCAUGCGAGCCCAGCUGCGUAGGCGACGGCGAGCAAUUCAAAGGCAUCUUCAUGCGCAACCUGUACUACCUGUGGGAAGCAAACCCACAAGACCUGUAUCUCCAAACCAUCAAAAAGAAUGCCGACAGUAUUUGGGCUAACGACCGAGAUAUAUAUAGUGGUCACUUUGGCCAAGUUUGGUCUGGUCCGUACACAGAGUGUACAGCUGGUGGCCACGCGAGUGCGACUGAUGCCAUCAUUGCUGCUGCGAAGAUUGAUAACCAUACGAGAGGUGCGGGGUGA